AUGUUGGCUCUGAACCUUUUCUUGAUCGUGCUCAGACUUUUUGGUGCGCAAGCCGUGCCGGCGAAGCAGCCGAGCAAGAGUCUGUUCGACAACUCGCUGCACGGCCAGACCGAAUACGACCGCUACUGCACCUCCGCACCUCAGCCGGAUCUCGCGCCGCACGCCUGCUUCACGAUUCACGACGACAUCACGACGGCCGCUCACUCUGCCUCACAUGCUAAAUUAGGGUACGCCUCGUCGUCUGGACAAGACUUCGUCGUGGUAGCGCCGACCACGGGCGACAGCAAGGUCGAAUUCUUCGCUAGUGGCUUCUGGAUUCAGGUUCGCUUCUCGCAUAGCAUCGGGUGCGCACGGGUCGCGGUCUGGGCGCCCACGCGCAGCGAUGGAAGGAGGAAGGGAGACGAGCAGGACGCAGCGCUCGAGCCCUUUUUGAACGGCGUCCAUUGCACAAACGCCGAUAGAUCGAUGUUCAACUUGUAG